CAAAUCAUUUAUGAUUUUCUCGAAUUCGGUUAUAUUAGUAAUGUUACCAUACCACGAAGUUGUUUUAGGUACUACUUAAGGCGAUGCAUUGUUUGUUUUCUUUCGUCGCUGGCAGCCGUUUGCCGUGCAUGCAGCAUUAGCACAUGGCAGAGCUCUUAUGCCUUCACGUGUCCUCGCUCCACCGCAACUACAUAAAGCCCAAUUCUUUUCCUUGUUUUGUUCACCUUCCUCUGCCUCCAAAGAAACAGAGCACUCUCUCCUCUGAUCACCACAAUGACCCCUCAAACCAGCCGCCGGUGGAAGCCGAUUCCGGUCAUCUUCACCACCACAGUCACAAUCCUGAUCCAUAUUUCCAUCCUCUCCAUCUGCUGCGGAUCCACUGACUUGCCCGGAGAGGAAAGUAACAUAUUCAGAGUCACAGAUUCGCCCAACAGGAAGUUCUUGAAGAUUGGACUGGACCACCUCCUGGGCACGGAGGACAACUUCAAGCUGUUCGUCCAGAAGUACAACAAGGAGUACGCCGACAGCGAGGAGUAUGCACGCCGCCUCGGGGUCUUCGCGGCGAAUUUGGUCAGGGCGGCAGAGCACCAGGCCCUGGACCCGACCGCCAUCCAUGGGAUUACGCCGUUCAUGGACUUGACGGAGGAGGAGUUCCAGAGGCUGUAUACCGGCGUUUCCAUGCCCGGCGGGCUGGAUAAAAGACCGGACCACGAGGAGGAUAACGUUUUGGCAGAGGAGGAGGUUAUGGAUACCAGUGGAUUGCCAGAGUACUUUGACUGGAGAGAGAAAGGAGCUGUAACCGACGUCAAGAUGCAGGGAGCUUGUGGGUCGUGCUGGGCAUUCAGCACGACAGGGGCGGUGGAAGGGGCGCAUUUCAUCGCCACGGGGAAGCUUCUCAAUCUCAGUGAACAACAACUCGUAGAUUGUGACGACAUUUGUGACGAGAAGGAGAAGGAGGCUUGCGACAAAGGAUGCGGCGGAGGCCUGAUGACGAAUGCGUACAGGUACUUGAUCAAGGCGGGCGGGCUGCAAGACGAAGCUUCAUACCCUUACACAGGAAAGAAAGGCGAAUGCAAGUUCGAUCCCAAGAAGGUCGCCGUCAGGGUCGCCAAUUUCAGCACCAUUUCGCUCGACGAGAACCAGAUAGCUGCGCAUUUGGUCCAACAUGGACCCCUGGCAGUUGGUUUGAAUGCUGUGUUUAUGCAAACGUACUUGGGGGGCGUCUCGUGCCCAUUGAUCUGCGGCAAGAAGUGGAUCAACCAUGGCGUCCUCCUCGUCGGGUACGGGUCGAGAGGGUUCUCGAUCCUGAGGUUUGGUUACAGGCCGUACUGGAUCAUCAAGAACUCAUGGGGUGAGCACUGGGGAGAAGCCGGCUACUACCGGGUCUGCCGCGGGUAUGGGAUGUGUGGAGUGAACAGAAUGGUAUCUGCUGUUGUCACUACAGCUUAGAAGGCGUCAGGAUGGAGGAGGAUGGCCAUAGAUAGAAUAAUAUAUAUAUGGACUGUUAAGUUUCAGUUAUGUGUUCGAGUUAGGCUGUGGCCUGUGGAUGAAGGCAUCUUCUUUCUUUCUGUUGUUUUUGCAUGGUGCUCCUCCUAUGUUAACUUUCUGCAGCGAAGAGACUAGAAAGAGGAUCUCUUCUCCACUACAAGCUUCAUACGGCGAAAAGUUUGCUCUUUGCCUUGAGACUGAGAGCAAAACUAAGAUGUCUACGGGGGAGAUGAUUUUGGUCGAGUUCUGACAUCUAAUUAGUUGGGCUUGGGCUCAGUUUAAAGAUGGAAAUAACUGGGCCGUUUCCAAUGAACGGGUCCUGCAUAG